UGAGACUUUUUCUCUUUUUAGCUCCGAAUCUGCGUCCUAUAAAUCUUCCGUUGCCUUCUCAUCAAAUACAAAGCGGACAAGUAUACUGAAAUGCCGAUCAGACUCUGAAAUCUGAAUCUUUUCCAGGGAUUUGGAUUGAAAAUGGUCUCGGUUCGUCUUCGGAGGUGGCUGCUGUGAGUCAGUGAGAGAGAUUGGCGAAUGACAUGAAGCAAUUCUUGGUCGCUGGGCUCUCUUUCUUCUUCUUCUUCCUUUUGGCAUCUCUGAGCUCCAUUUCGGCUCAGCCUCGCAAUGGACACCACCCCGAUCCUCUCAACUUCAUUCUAGGAGAACAGAAUUUGGGGCCGUGGAAGAAUGCAAUUUCGCAGGCUGCACAAGCUCCAGGGCCUGCAACCGAUAAUGCCCCUCAGAGCACGCUCGUUUUGGCGGCAAAUCGGACGAAUAGGGUGGACAUUCUUCGUGGGUUUCGGCGCUACCGAGGUGGUUGGGACAUUGCCAAUCGCCAUUACUGGGCUUCUGUUGGAUUUACAGGUGCCCCUGAUUUCAUUCUUGCUGUCCUGUGGUUUUUUUCUUUUGGCUUGUCUCUCGUGGUUCAUCAUUUCUGUGGGUGGAGGAUAAACAUAAAAGGCAAAGGAUCACCCGGUUCACAAAGAAUUUGUCUUAUACUACUUAUAGUAUUCACAUGCGCUGCAGCUACUGGGUGUAUCCUCCUCUCCGUUGGGCAGGAUGAAUUUCACGGUGAAGUUUUGCGAACUUUGAAUUAUGUUGUAAACCAGUCGGACUAUACUGUGGAGAUCCUAAGAAAUGUCACAGGAUAUCUAUCCCUAGCAAAAACUAUUAGUGUGGCCCAGGUGUUCCUCCCUUCUGAUGUUAUGGAUGAUAUUGACAAGUUGAAUAUGGAUCUCAAUACUGCAGCAGAUACACUGACAGAGAAGACAAGUGAAAAUUCUGUCAAAAUAAAGAAAGUCUUCAAUGCUGUGCGUUCUGCUUUAAUAACUGUGGCAGCAGUAAUGCUUCUCCUGGCUCUGAUUGGCCUUAUACUCUCUAUCCUUGGGCACAAACAUGCAAUCCAUAUAUUCAUAAUAAGUGGAUGGCUGCUUGUGGUGAUUACAUUUGUGCUUUGUGGAGUUUUUGUAAUUCUCAACAAUACAGUUUCUGACACCUGUAUGGCCAUGGAGGAAUGGGUAGAAUAUCCACAUGCAGAAACAGCUCUUAGUAAUAUCCUUCCAUGCGUGGACCAAAGAACCACAAACCAGACACUUGUGCAGAGUAAAAAAGUUAUCGUUCAAAUUGUAAACGUCGUCAAUGAAUUUAUUUACACAUAUGCCAAUACAUAUCCCUCUCAGGAAAGUUCUUAUUAUUGCAAUCAGUCUGGUCCUCUGAUGCCGGCACUCUGUUAUCCUUAUGACUCUCAGCUGCAAGAUCGCCAAUGUGGGUCUCAAGAGGUGUCUGUGGCAAAUGCUUCUGUGGUAUGGCAAAACUAUACAUGCAAAGUGUCAGCAUCUGGGCUGUGCGCCACCAUGGGGAGGGUGACCCCAAACAUCUUCAGACAGUUGGUGGUUGCAGUUAAUGAGAGCUAUGCACUUGAGCACUACACACCGCCUUUACUUAGCCUCCAGGACUGCAAUUUUGUGAGGGAUACAUUCAAAAUGAUCACCACAAGUUACUGUCCCCCGUUGGGCCAUUAUCUGAAGAUAGUGAAUGCAGGAUUGGUCAUGAUUUCAGUUGGAGUCUUGCUCUGUCUUGUUCUGUGGAUUCUCUACGCAAACCGCCCCCAAAGGGAGGAAGCGUUUGUGAACUUAUCCUUACCAAUAGAAAGCAGGAGUUUCAAGAACUGUUUUAGUAGUAACAUCAACCAUGAUGUACCAAUAUCAAACCCACCAAGUGCAGUCUAGUCCGUUUUGUAGAAAAUUAGUAUUAUAGAUGGGUUCAUAUUUUUGAGUUUUACUGUAACCCCUACUGGGGGAAGGAACCGAAGUGGGGCGAAGCUCCAUUUUGAGUUGAGGGCUUAAUAUUAUAGUGUAUUUGUGUUACAUGUAUAGUGAAAGUGAAUGAAUUGGUCCAUCUUUCUUAC